UGGGAGUCUUAAACUAGUUUUAGUCAAUUGUAGCAAGCUUCCAGCUAAUCAGGAGGUAAGCAUUCUGUUUCAAUGGUGCUGAUUUGCUAUUAAUCAGUUAAAUGAUGAUUACUUACUGCUUACUCGAGCAGGCACUAAAGGAUGCAGUGGUUGAAAUCUUCAAUUGCAGAGAGGAAGAUACACCUUAUUCUUCAGUUGCUGCUGUCACCAUUGAGAAGGAGGCAUCAUGCUGCACACUUACUGCUGACAAGUUUGUACGAACUUCACCGGAGAUACUGGUGGGUCAAGGGUUCAGUCGACUUCUGCUGGCAGGUAUACUCAUGGAUACUGGAAAUUUGACAAACCCACAAACUACAACAAAGGAUAAGUACAUGACCACCUUGUUGAUAAAUGGGGCAGGUCGAUUUGGAUGUAACGGUCUUUAUGAAAUUUUGAGAUACAAAAUGCAUGAUGCAGCUGACACCAAAGCAGGAGAAGUUAUUCGAAAAGAUAUUAAAAGAUUGUCAAAGUCGGAUGCAGCUGACCCCAGAGUAGGAGAAGUUUUACAAAAAGAUAUUAAGAAAUUGUCAAAAUCUGAUGCAGAUGACCAGGGAGUAGGAGAAGUUUUACAAAAGGAUGCUAAGAAAUUGUCAAAACCGGAUGAAGCUGAUCACAGAGCAGAAGAAGUUUUGCAAAAAGAUAUCAAAAAAUUGUCAAAGUCGGAUACAGUUGAGACCAGAAUGGGAGAAGUUUUACGAAAAGAUAAUACAAAUUUGUCAAAAUCAGAUGCAGCUGACCCCAGAACAGGAGAAGUUUUACGGAAAGAUAUUAAAAGAUGGUCAAAAUCAGAGUUGGGAGCAGGGAAACCUGGUGGUACAGGAUCAAGAAUGGGGAAUUCAAAUAUUGGAAUGAGUUCAGUCGGAAUACCUAUAGGAGAGCUCUUAACACAUCACUCUACUUCAGCUGAAAACAUAAGAAAUUUCCAGCAACUAGAGAAACUUCACAUCCUCUUGAUUGUUUCAGGGUAUUAUGAUGCAGAGAAGAGCUUCAAGAGGGAGAUUCUAGUCUCAGCUGAAACUGCUGAGCUUAUGAAAAGUCUGCUCCAUUUUAUCUACUCCUAUGCAAAUGUUCUUCCACUCAAAGCUUUGCGCCAAUCAGGUCUUGCUGCUGAGAUGAAGGUCUUCGAGAUUGAAAAGAUCGUAUCAAGGAAGACGAUUGAGAAACUUCUGGAAGAAUUCAAUGACAUAGCAAAAUAAUACAUGUGAAGCUGUAUUAUGACUAUGCAUACUAUCUCAUGUUCCAAAAAGAGUCAACAUGAGUUGCUAUAGGAUGUUCAGUUCUCUCCCAAACAUAGUAUACAUUGGGGUAGUCUCGUGCCACAUAUAUGGCGAUAAUUAUUUUAUUUUAAUUAAUGCUCGCCCCAAACAUGUUGAAAGGGGUUUAAAUUUCUUCUUAUGAAAGUUAAUACUCUAGUGAUGUUAUUGUUCA